CAUCAGCCAAAUAUCCCAUGGUGAAGAUUCCAAAUGCGGACUCUAAGACUCGCUCUUCUGGGCUGCCGGUCCUUGCCUCCCAAGCUCGUCCUUCAGCCCCACACAGCUCCCACACCCUUGCUGUGCCACCCACACCAAAGGCUCCCAAGAGGAGGAAACCCUCUUCUCAAGAAGUAAAUGUGGAGGAGCUGAGCCUGUCCCCAGUCAGAGACUGGCCAGACCGGUCUAGUCCACAGGAAGAAGAGCAGAUCAGUGAUGGCCACAGAGAACUAAAGGCUCAGUCUUAUCCCGAGGGAGCCAGCCUCUUGGUGUACUGCGCGGAGUUCCUUCUGGGUGGAAUAUCCCAACAGUAUGUUGCGUACAUGAUAUCUAGGAGAGAGAGCCUAGCUUACGCAGAAUUGCAUGGACAAACCGGGGCCGAGAGGAGAGUCAACGGCCUUUGCCUGCAGAAGGGCCUUACGCUGCAGGCCCUGAAGGAGCACCGAGUGAUGGGUCACGUGUCUAUGAUGCUUUUGCAGCUGGUCAGUGGAGACUCUCCUUCCAAAGAGAAAACCCCAGAGGAGAAAGGAAGAGAAGCAGAGGAAGAUGGAGAGGGGCAGUACCACGAAAUCCUCUGCUGCAGAUUUAAGUAUCGCCCCUUCCUCUGCCACGUGAGGAAAAUCCAGUUCCCCAGCAGUAUUGACCCCUCCUCCAAUCUGAUGUACGUGUUCUGGCUCUUUCUUGUGGUCCUGGCAUGGAACUGGAACUGCUGGCUGAUUCCUGUCCGCUGGGCUUUCCCAUAUCAAACGUCAGAGAAUGUCUAUUAUUGGAUGGCUGUUGACUACCUCUGUGAUUUCAUCUACCUUCUGGACAUCGCUGUCUUUCAGUCCCGCCUGCAGUUUGUCCAUCAAGGAGAUAUUAUCACUGAUAAGAAAGCCAUGAGAAAGAAUUACCUGAAGUCCCGUCGCUUUAAGAUGGAUGCAAUCUGCCUUCUUCCACUGGAUUUCCUUUACUUCAAGGUUGGCGUACAUCCUCUCUUGCGCUUGCCUCGCUGCCUAAAGUACCCGGCCUUCUUCGAGUUUAACAGCCGACUUGAAGCUAUUUUGAGCAAGGCCUACAUUUACAGAGUCAUAAGGAUCACAGCCUACUUGCUCUUCAGCUUGCACGUGAACUCCUGUUUGUACUACUGGGCCUCCUCCUUCCAGGGGCUCGGCUCCUCCGCUUGGGUCUACGAUGGCAAAGGCAACAGUUACAUCCGCUGUUAUUACUGGGCUGUCAAGACAUUAAUAACCAUUGGAGGACUGCCUGAGCCACGGAACCUCUUUGAGAUUGUUUUCCAGCUUCUCAAUUACUUCACAGGGGUCUUUGCUUUCUCAGUGAUGAUCGGCCAGAUGAGGGAUGUCGUAGGUGCUGCUACAGCGGGACAGUCGUACUAUCGGAGCUGCAUGGACAAUACAGUGAAAUAUAUGACUUUUUACAGAAUUCCCCAUUCGGUUCAGAACAGAGUCAAAACGUGGUAUGAAUAUACUUGGCAUUCCCAAGGCAUGCUGGAUGAAUCAGAGCUGCUGACGCAGCUGCCCGAAAAGAUGAAGCUGGACAUUGCAAUUGAUGUUAACUACAACAUUGUGAGCAAGGUGCCACUCUUUCAGGGCUGUGACCGGCAAAUGAUUUUUGACAUGCUGAAGAGGCUGAGAUCCGUGGUGUACUUGCCUAACGACUAUGUGUGCAAAAAGGGGGAAAUUGGCCGAGAGAUGUACAUCAUUCAAGUAGGACAAGUUCAAGUGCUUGGAGGACCGGAUGGGAAAACUGUGCUUGUGACCCUGAAAGCUGGGUCUGUGUUUGGAGAAAUAAGUUUACUGGCUGUGGGAGGUGGAAAUCGGCGUACCGCUAACGUUGUGGCUCAUGGAUUUACUAACCUUUUCAUUCUGGAUAAGAAGGAUUUGAAUGAAAUUCUGGUGCACUAUCCAGAGUCCCAAAAGCUGCUGCGGAAGAAAGCCAGGAGAAUGCUGAAAAGCAAUAGCAAGCCCAAAGAUGAAAAAGGGAUGCCCAAAGAUGUCCUCAUCAUUCCUCCAAGAGCUGGGACACCAAAGCUCUUCCAAGCUGCCCUGGUAGCUGCAGGAAGAAUGGGAGGCAGGGGGAGACUGGCUCACAUCCGCUGGAAACUGAAGGAGCUGAAGGCGAUGCAGGCUGCCAGUUCCACACCAGUUAUCCCUAAAUCACCAGCUAGCCAUACUUCACCAGCUGGUUCUCCCAAACCUGAUGACUGCAGAACUGAGAAGAUUAUCUCCAAGGGUCCUGACAAUCCUGUUCAGGUUUCCAUGAGUCCAACUCCUAAGGGGGAUGAACAGGUUCUCUUGGUGGAAGUUUUAGAAAAGGAUGAAACCAAGUAGAAGAACUGAAUGAGCCUCCAUAUCUGUGGAAACUGCAGCUCAAGAAGGGCUCCUUGCUUGUAAUGGAUCGUAUUUGUUUGGAUUGUUAACCAUUCAAAAUAUAGUCUCUAAUGUUGCACUAUUAAGAAAAAAGUUGACUGCAACCCAGUGUCUGCAAUAAGGGACCUCUAGAAUUUUUUACACACCAAGCAGUUUAACUGAGUCUUUAAAACAAUUGCAGCAGAAAUCCAAGAGAAAUUUAGAACAAUUGAAAUUUGUAUUAAGUAAUAUUGGCUUUUUAAAGAUU